UAAAGUAACAAUUUAAUAAUUUAAUGACUAAAAUAAAAUUUAAUUUUUAGAUACUACCUAAUAAUUUUACCAUUUUAAACCCAAACCCGAAGUUCAAUUUGAUAGAAUAUAUUAAUUGACCGUUGAGAUUGGCCAGAGCUAAUAUAAGAAGAUCUAACGGUCAUAUCACGUGAAAUAUGGUAUAAUCUUGGAAUAUACCAAUCAUAACCAUAUAUAUAUCUAAACCAAAAAACAAAAAAAUAACAAACCCUAACCCCCACCCACCCCAGCGGCAGCGCUGCUCUCCCCCUAUCCCCUCUCUUUCUUUCUUUUCCAAUUUUUCCAUCUCUCUCUUCUCUUAAUUCCAAACCCUAGAUCUGCCUCUCUCACCCCUAUAAUGACAUCGACAAUGAAGGGAUGGGGAUGGAUGACAAAGGCUGGUUGGUUGCACAUCUUCUCUACUUGUGAGCGAGCUCUAGAUGGGAGGAACCCAACAACAACACCGCCGCCAUCAGGAGGGACCAUUACGCUUCGAUUGUCGGAGAAGUUGGAUGAGAGGAGGAGUUCAUUAGCGCUGGUGAAAGCCCAGAAGACGAUAGGUUCGCCGGUAGUGGGUGUGUCGUUGGGAAUCGCCCCACUCGACUAGAUUUAACUCAGAAUUUUUUUUAUUUCCAAACGGCCAGAAACCAAAAAUCGUUGGGAUGGUUCGAGCGGCUCGAGUGGCUAACCAUUUCAGCCGCUAAAAAAGUGACCUUCCUGGCCGUUACGACUAUUGGAGGGUUCCGGACCGAGCUGACGUCCGGGUGCCGAUUUUACCAGUUCGACCGAACGGCUCGGGUCGGCUUUAUCAACAGUGAUUUAUACCUAUACCUAUUUAUUGGUUUGAGGUUUAAACACAUUAAUUUGAGUUUGUACCCAUGUCCAAAUGCAAAUUAUAUUUUGGUACCUAAACUUAGUACAUCUACAGAUUUAUUACCUAAGUUUAAUUUUUAUUUAAUAUAAGCCCUCAAAAUAUCGAUGGAAAAUUAUGCUUUGGUACCUAAAUUUUUUGCCUUACAUUUUGGUACUUGAACUUUUUAAGUUUUGCAAAUAGGUCCAAUUUUUAUGUGUAGUUAUAACACACUAAGUAAAUGAGUAUCCAUAGUUCCAUACCCAACUAAUACCAAUUGAGAUUAUGAAAGCAAUAUACAUACCUUAUCAAAACCCAUCUAUAAACCCCCAAAUUCAUUAUAUACUUCAUCCAUAACCUACCCAUUAUCAAUGGGUCUAAUUAGCCUUGCCAUCCUAAAAGUAUACUAACUUGCGAUGUGGUCCAACAACAUUGUGUUGGAAAUGAAUGAAUAGUUUUGAAAGCUAUAGAGUCCCAAGUGGAAAAACUACCACAUUGGUAGUUUUACUUAGUGAAAUGUGUAUAAAGAUAGGAGCCUCUCUCCUAAGGGCAUGCCCCUUGGGGUGACCCACUUUUGUGGGAGAGGGAGGAUCUAACAGACCACCACACACGCGCGCGCACCGUCCAUCCGACCGACCGGUAGGUCAGUUGGUUGGUUCACCUGAGACUAUAUAUAUUUUUGGAGAAAUUCUGAACGAAAUUAAUUAUCUAAUAAUUAAUUAUUAAUCGGUUAUUCUAAGAAAUAUGCUAAGGAUAA